CAGAGUACACUAAAGAGGACUACAAAGAUAGCAGUACUCGCCUGCUAGACUGCAUGGAAGAUUAGUGGAACUAGUAGAUUGCAACCGGCCUCGCAAUUCAGGAUAUGCGAUGCUGACGCAGUAUAGAUGCUGGACAUUCCUUAGGAAAGACCACCUCUGUGACUAUGCGACCGUGUCUGUCUGCACUCUGCACACGUUCUUUGACUGGCUACUCAGUCACUGCCAAGGGAAGGGAGGAAGGAGACGCAGAGGAACUAAGUACGCUAGCUCCCUAGGGACGUACUGGAAGGUAUACCGGCUGGUAUAUGAGAGAGCAGCGGGUUUUAAGCUAGAUGGAAAAAUGAACCGGAGCAUGCACAAGGUGCUAAGGAAGCUAACUAAAAAGCACAGCUUAAAGAAGGUAGGGCAAGAUAAGGCUUGUAUGUAUGUAGAGGAUCUGAAUCUAGUGCUACAAACAAACCUAGCAACAACUGAAAAGAGAUAUCCCCACGGACGCUGUAGGAUCCAGGUUCAGUUAUAUCUACAGAUAGCAGGCUUUACAGUGAAUCGGCCGCAAGCUAACUACUGUUCUUAAUUUG